AUGGCUGACAUGGCAGAGCAGACGAUUCGAGAAAUGGAUAAGGUUGCUGCGUCAAUGAUCUCGGGGCGCCGGCAAACGGUCACAGAAUUGUUCACACCACGUGAACGAGAAGUGAAUGGAGCAGCCGACCUCUCCGCGACUGUCGACAAUUCUUCUGGAAAGUCGGCGGGAGCUCCGAAUCAUCUUAAUGAUACUGAUGAGCCGAGUACUUCAACGCAGCAUAUUGAAAAUAGGCAGGCAUUUGUCACUUUCGACAAUGAGGAUCUUAACUCGUUCAAUUUUGAUCUCGACUUUGCGGACUUACCUGAUAUUGACUUAUUCGAGUACUUCGACCCUGGCUUCAAGCUUCCGGCAGUAGAUGCUGCGUUGGGGCAGAAUGUUGAUCUGUCUGCUUUCGCCGAUCUGGAUUUCUGGGCUACGGCAAAUCUCAUACCAAGUGCUGGCCCAUCCAGCUGA